ACAUUUACACGUGUCAAAGCGCAAGUUCGAGCAUUUGAAGAGUGACGUUAGCGUCGUCUCAUUGGAGGAUGGAGUACGACCCUGUAAAGGGUAAAUUUCGCGCCAGUUUGCGGUGGCUGUAUUCUUUGGUUCACCAGGCAGACGGAAAUGUGCUGGACACACCAGAGAAGACGGUUACUGUCGAACACCCAUUCGUCAUUGUUCAACAAUGUGUACAAGUGCGGCAAGAAAUCGUCAACGACCUCACACAAGGCGGUCUCUACUGCACUGCAUGUCAUGCUGUGUUUACUAGCCAGUUGGAACGAAAGCCAACCGAUGUGUCCGAAGUAAUACAAAACCUUGCUCGUAGAGGAUUUUAUGUUUCAGUGGGUGAUGAAGAGGUAGAAGUUGAUGAAGAUGUCCUUUGUCAAAGAAAUCCAUUCAGUGAGGUGUCUCAUGUUGCUCUUAUUGACGCAUUGAUGACUGCACAAAUGACCAAAAUUGUGUCAAUAGAACAUGUUGUACACACUGUGAAAAAGUAUGGAUCAUUCAAUGCUUCAAAAGAAUUGCCAUUUGAUCUUGAAGAUGCUUUACUAUUGUGGGUCAACAAAGUAUGUCACUUUGCUGUCAAACAACACAUUGAGUCAUUACAAAGCAACGAUGCUACGACGUCAAGUGCUCGUUGCAGACGAAGAUUGAGAGCCAAAGUAGGGCAUUUGCAAGUUCCAUUUAUGGACGACUUGGGAAGGGAUUUGAGAGAUGGCAGAUGUCUUGGGGUACUAACCAGCUUUUUUCUUCCCGAUUUAUUGGAUAUUCAAGCUUUAAAGCUUUCUGAUGAUCUUACGCAAGACAACAUGAAGGGAAAUGUGCAAUUGGUGAAGAUUGCACUGGACAAGAAGUUUGUUGCAUUCCCUUUAGCAGUUCCAUUGUCAGUUGAGGAUGUUGUUGAGUCGUCUCUUGUUCUCAAACAAAAUAUUGUAUCUUUGGUUGUUCAACUGUUUGACUGGUUUGAAGCAAAACAAAUAAGCAAGGGUCUUGAAAGGCCACUCAUUCAGACGCAUGGUCAAUUGACAGAUAAAUCAUCAGGUCACUCGCUGGUCGCCACAGAUGUGCCAGAAAACCAGAGUUUGGACUCAAAUACUAUUGUUACUCAUACGAGACACAGUCAUGUGCAAAAACGGUUCACAGGUGUAGAAAAGCCUCCACUACCAAAAUGUCGUCAGCCUGAAGGUAAGCGAGAGAAACAAUCUUUUCAAGAAUGUUUGGUAGAACAAGUCUCAGAAAAGACAGUUAACAAUGGCAGUCAUGGUAUUGUCAUACAUGGAGUUUCACAGGGAGUUCAAUCAAACUUUGAAGGUAAAGAGCUAAAGGUGCAUCCUGCACAUUGGAGACAUGUACCAUUGAAACGUGGUCGAUGGAUGUCUAAGAGUCUGGACAGUUUUCAAAAAGACCUGCCAGUGAGAAUAGAAGGGUUGACUAUAAGUAAUAAUACUGACAGCAAAUAUAGUGGACCAGAGACAUGCCUGACAGCAGGAAAACAGGAGGACGUUGUUGCUGACCUUGUUGCUUCAAGUAUGCAGUCAAGCAAUCUAAAUGAAACAUUCAGCUGCAAUCAUGAAUCAGAAAUUGUAGAUGAUCAAAAUACCAAUGACUUCGCCAUAUUUGAGGGAAGUGAGGAGACGAAAAUGGUACAAAAUGAAGUAGAAAACAAAACAGAAAAUAGAGUAGAGUUGUAUGCAAAUGAUGUCAGUACUGCUGUAGAGAGCGAUGCCCUAGUUGUGUCAGACAUGACCGUUGGUGACAAUGUAAGAUGUAAAUCUUCCAUUCAUCAUGAACCAGAUCAGAAACACUCGGUUGUAGAUAAAAAAAUUGCUGACAUUGAUGAGGUACUAGAUGAUGAAAUUGUGGUUUCCCAACAACUGGUUGUAGAGACAAACAAGCAUGAGACAGUUUUAACAAAAGGUCAGUGUGUAGAGCCACUCGAAGGGCAAAUUGCCAACCCACACACUGAGCAGAAUGAAAGAGAUAUUGACAAUGAAUCUUCCAAGCUUUCUCCAGAACUAUUGGUUCUUAGACUAAAAUUGGAAGAGAAGAGACGGACAAUAGAACAAGAGCGGUUACAGUUGGAAGCACAAUGGGAAGAACACAAAAGACGUGUGAGUGAGGUAGCACUGUUGGAGGCUUUGCGGAGAGCAAAGACUGCAACGUCCACACCAACUAGAAAGCCCUCAUUGGUUCUAUCUAGCGGGCAAAGUGUCGUACAGAGGAACAAAUGGUUAGAGAAUGGCGAGGGAGGAGUAGGACGAAAGCAACAGACAGUUGCUGAGACAGUGUCUAGUCAGUCUUGUCACGAGAAGGUGGUGCCAGUUCGUGUUCCCGUUACAUCAGCCGCAGACAAUGAGGAGAUGGCUCUGAGACAAGGAACUGGUGGUACUGACUUAUUCAUGGCUUCUACUGCUGCAGGUAUAGCAGACGAACACAUUGUGACAUCACGUGAUCAUGAAAACCAUGCAUCUCCCAUUUUGUCUGAACGUAAGAGAUUGGAAGAGAAAUAUGAUACUGGUGAAACAAUAAGCUUGAAUCAAUCGUCCAGUCAGUUGACAUCGACGGUGUUGCAGUCAGGGGGACAUCACCCAUCACUUCAGCUACAACCAGAAGAGAGUUUGGAUAAAGGAGCAGGUAUUGACAAGUCUGUUGGGUUUUUUGUAGGAGGGUGGGGUAACGAAGACAACAAGAUUUCAUCAGAUGAGCUGGAACGUCGGAAAGCAAGACUGUUGCAGUCUAGACAAAAGCAGUUAGACGUCGAAAGGGAAAAGCGACAAGCUGAAGUUGAGAAGAGAAAGCAACGAGCAAGCAUGAAGUGUGCCGAGCAAGAGAGAUUGAGAAAGCAGAAGGAAGAGGAACAAGCCAGAAUCAGGGACGAACAAGAAGCAAAAGAGUUGGCACAAAUUGAAAUACUGAGUCUAGCACAGAAACGUCAAAAGACCAGACUUGUUCACAGUACUCAACCGAAACGUGCAGGACGUGCCAAUGAAUUUGACAGCGCAAAUCAACAAGAAUCGAGGAUGUUGGGGCAAACUAUGGUGAUUGGGUCUGAAUCGGGUGCUGAAAAUUCUUCAAAAACUGGAGUUGAGGCUGCAUUGUCAUCACCAGUGUCGGAUGCAGUUAGUUGGCAGUCGAAGAUUCCGACACGAUCCAACAGGCAACUGAUACAGAAUGCUGUUAGUCACGUGUGUUUGGCUGGUGACGUCAAUAGCCACCUGAAAGACAAAGUUCUUGAGGUACUAGAUGAGUCCGAAGCAGCUCACUUUCUCAUCCUGUUUCGAGAUGGAAGCGGAAAAAAGUUUCGUGCCCUCUACGCUUAUGAACCAGACACCAAUCAAUUACACAGACUCUGUGGUAAAGGUCCAAGACUUGUCGAUUCAAAGAUGAUUGCCGAGCUAUACAAAUACAAUAGCGGAAGCAAAUCGUUCCAGGUGAUCCAAUCGACGACACUAUCGUUGUCUGUCGAUGCUUUCACAAUCGACAGCCAACUGUGGCAGACAAAGCGUGGCAAGUCUGCUAGAAAACUGUAGUAAGUGCGAUACAUUAUUUUCUGAUUAUUUUCGUAUAAUAUUAUUAUAUAUGACGCAAGAGAGUGCUAUGAGCUAAGGACUGUUGUAUAUCAAAUUAUAUGAGACGUGAUAUGAUGCA